AUGGUUGAAGGAGUAAUGCGUUUGAGAAAUGACGUACGAAAGAGAUCCACUGUGAAAAGGUAUUCGGCAACACCAUCGUCGAGCCAGUGUACUUCUGCUCAAUCGAAUCGCCGCCAAUCAAGUGGAACAGGUUCGACUGCUCCGAAAAAAACAAGAUCAUCGAAGAACCCGACGAACUCUCAACCGUCUACAUCUUCUGCCACCUCAUCAAGUUCAAAUCCCAGAACCGUCACCAAACGAACCCGUUCGAAAUCUUGCAAUAGGAGGGAUAGAUCCCGUCCCCAGAGCAGGAAUCCAUCCCGUGGUUCCUCUCCAGAACCAAAAAGAGGAAGAGGUCGUCCAAAAAAGUGCCAUUCUGUCAUGGGAAGCGAUGAUGAGGAUGGUGCUCCCGUCAGCCACCGCACUAGAAGCGCUGCCAAUUCUAGAAACGUCUCCCCGGAUCCUUUGUUCCGUUCAUCAAUAAGGGCUCCCAAGAAAGUCGGCGGCCCAAGUGUAAGCGGUCGGACAAGAAGUUCAUCCGCAGCUUCGAGAACCCGCUCGAGAAGUUCUGGAAGAAGAAUGAAUUCUGGUUCCUCAAGCCGCCGAUCCUCCCCUUCCUCCAUAAGAAGACAAUUAUCUUCGGAAAGUGAGGAUGAAUGGGAAGGAGCGUCCGUCAGCCACCGAACCCGAUCCAAAUCGUGGUCCAGGCAGACGAGCGCGGCAAGCUCCCGAAAUGCCUCCCCUGAACGGUCGUCCAGAUCCACAAUCAGGACUCCCAAGAAUGUGAAUGGGGCAAGUGUAAGCGGACGGACCAGAAGUUCAUCCGCAGCUUCAAGAGCUGGCUCUAGACGUUCUAGCAGAGGAAUGGAUUCUGGAUCCUCAAGUCGCAGAUCUUCGCCUUCACCUGUAAGAAGGCAAGGACCUUCGACUUCUCGCAGUGCUUCAUCACUGCGGGAACGCAUCUUCAAGAAGAGUAUGGAGGAGAUUUUUGGAAAAUUAUCACCCGAUGAAAUGAAGAGUAUCAAAGACAAUUCAGAAAGCAGUACUGAGAUAGAUGAAUAUUUAAAAGAACGCUUGGAGAAAGAUGUGGAGAUCGAUUGGGGAUUCCCACCAAAUAUGGAGAAAAGAUUGGAUAACCUGUCCUCGAUGGAAGAUAUCCAAAAAGAAGAGAAAUUUCUCUUAAACGCCGGAGUUGAUGUGGAGAAGGUGAAAAAAUGGAAAGCGAACAAAACGUAUGAGUUGGAGUCGGCAAAGGAAUUAAUGAAGAAAAGUGAACAAAGAUUCGGAAAUCUUAAAAACGAGAAUACUCUUUUCUCUGAUUUGAGACCUUCUGGAAAAUAUGCAGUGAAGAAGAUCAUAAUGAGAGAAAGAGCUCCAAUGAAAUUGGAAAUCGAGCUUCUGGUCAAAAGACAACAAUACAGUUUCUUGCUCAAAUGGGCAUGGAAGACCGUAAUAGUGCCGACGAGGAAGUUCAAGGAGGCUCAUGCCCACGUUCUCACUCUUGAAAAAGAGUUCCAAAGGAAGCUGGGACUCGGUCAACAAUGGGAAGAUGCCGAUUUCAAGCGGAUCGAGCAAAUCACUCAAAUCAAAGAGGAAACUUUGAAAAAUUGGCUGGAGCAAAGAAGAGAGCAGGAUCAAAAAGAUGUUAUUGAUCCUCUCUACGCCAAAACUUCUCUUUAUUCAAAAGAAGAGAUUGAUAGUGGAGAGUUCUCAGAGAAAGAAAAGAAAAGAUGGCAAGUCAACAACAAGGACAAAAAAAUGUACGAGGAUCUCUACCAAGAGAGAAGAGAACGACAACGUCAUGAAUGGGAGAUGGAAUACCCAUUCUACAAGUACUUGGGAGAAAGAUCCAAGUACUUGGAAGAGCUGGUGGAUCGCCCACGCCCACCGUUGGACAUCGAAGUCGAACUCUUUGUGAUUACUGUUGACUUUUUCCGGAUCACGAAAUCUCAAAUCGAAGAUUUCUUGAGGAACGAGAGGAAACAAGAAACCAGUUUCCGGGAGGAACAUUACAUCAAAUUCCAACCAAAUUUGGGAACAAUCGAUAUGGACGAUAUUUGGUCAAAGAACCCAAAUUGGAAAGAAUUCUUCGAACUGGCUUCAGGAAUGGGGUGGAACAGUAAUGUGCUCCGAAUCGCUUGGCUCGAACACACGGGAGCCCUAAUAGUAAGCGCGGAUGUUCCAUCAACCAGCCAGCCUCCACCCAAUCAAAUGGCACAAACGUCUCCUGCUCAUUCGGAAAGAGCAAAAUCGGCAGAAGCUUCCGAACCAUCUACAAUUGAUAUGGAUGAUGACUUGGAUCUUGGUUAUGAUUAUGAUGGUCAAGAUUUCGAAAUGUAUGAGCCAUCGAGCACUGCUGAUUUGGACGCUCCAGAGUCUUCCGGAAACUGGAGCCGUCAUGAUUCGGAAGACAUCGAGGCUCGCGGUGUUGCUCAUUCUGAUAUGAUGAGUGUCAGAGAACAAGCAGCACCGUGUGUUGCAAUUGAACUGCAAGACGAGGAACCACAUCGUCAGUCGCCGCCGAUCAAUGAAUUGGAAGAAGAUGAGGCUGAGAUUGUCGGAGCUCAUGAUGAUGACAAUGUGGAGCAUCCGGAGCAGGAAGAGCAGGAAGUGCCCCAGGAACCUGAAGAUGAUGAAGAAGAUGAUAAGGCACCAGCCGAAGAACAACCGCAUCUUCCCAAUGGAAUACCACAAAUGUCUCCUGCUCAUUCGGAAAGAGCACAAUCGGCAGAAGUUUCCGAACCAUCUACAAGUGGUAUGGACGAUCAUUUGGAUAUUGAUUAUGAUAAUGAUGGUCAAGAUGUUGAAAUGAAUGAGCCAUCGAGCCCUGCUUCUCCUAGCCACAUCAGUCCACCAGCUGAAUUUGACGCUCCAGAUCAUGCUGGAAGUACGAACCGCCACGAUGAGGCACCAGCCGAUGUCCAACCGCCACAUCAAGAUGCUCCACAGAAGCCAUUGGAAAGAGAAUUAGAUGAAGAAACUAUGCGGCUCGUCAUCUCGAACAGCGACAACCCGAUACAACCCGAGCCUAUCAUCCCAUUCUCCAGAACUUAUUCUGGAAGCUAUUUGCGCUGGAAGGAGGAGGAGGUGACGGACUGGAUGAAAAAGGUGCUAGUCAAAGGUGGCUACAAGGCCUUCAUGGGUUACAAUGGGCAUCACCUGCACGACGCCAUCUACGACCGCGAGACCCGAGAGAGGACCGGCUUUGGAGAAGCUUUUUGGAAAAUGAUCAAAAGUCAUUUGGAUAAGACACUUGCCGGAGAGUUCCAUCAAUGUAUUCUAUUCACUAACAUAAAUUAG